AUGGCAGAGGUGAAGUGUGAAACCGAGGCUAGACGGGGACAGCGCGGUAGGAAAAAGAAGGUGGCGGUGAAUGUAGUAGAAGAAGGGAAACACUAUGAAAAAGAUGAUGGGAAUUUGACGUUGGAUAAUGUAAAUUCUUACAGAAAAGAAGAGAAGGAGGAAUGCGGAUGCCAGAAAGGAAAAGCUCACUAUGUGGAAGCCUUGGGAGGGGAGUGUCAUGAUCCGAAGAGUUUGGCGCUGAGUACAUUGGCGAGGAACGAGAAGAUCGCUUCUGAAGAUGUAAAUCUCAUGAAAUGUGAAGAGGACUUUCGGAAGAAGCUCGGCAAGUCGGAAAGACUCGAAGCACUCAGAAAAUUCGCUGGAAUUUGUCCCACAUGGGCCAGCAAGAUCAUGAGAAACGACUGGACGGAGGAAGAAUUGGAGUGGAGAGAGGCCGCGGAGAGCUUGAAGAAGGAAGUGAUGUAUAGGAAUCAACCGCAGAAGGCGAUAAUCCAGGAGAAGUAUAUUCUCGUGGGUCAACGGAUGGGAUUGAAGAGUAAGGCAGUUUUCGAAGUGAGAACGGCAACAAUCUCGACGUGGAAGCAGAAGUUUGGAUGGGAGAAAGUGGAGAAGGUGGUGGUUCUGGUCGAAUGGACGAAGGACGAUAAGCAGUUGAAGGCGUUGGUGAACUUGGUGGAGGAGAUAGCCAAGGAAGUUUGGGAAUUGGUGGUGGUACCGGCAAGAAUGGAGUGCGGAUACGACGAGAGGUUGGAGGAGUCACCGAGACAGUGGAGUCACCGAGACAUGGCAGAAAGUAAGGAAGACGGCGCUGAAUGUGGAAGUCGUGGAUCCAAUGACUCCAGUAGGACCCAAGAAGAUGCCGUUGAUCCUCUGCGACUUGAAACCAGGAUCGCUGGAGAAGAUGAUGGAAUACUUGGCGUGCGCCAUCCCAGGCCACUCGUUGGUGGAUCGACUGAGAGCAGACGUUGA